CAACCAUCGCACCGCACACAAGUACCUUGUUCACCAUCCACGACUUCAGACUACCGCACUCGCUUUUAUCCUUGUUUCAACCAUGGCUGAUACCGUGGGCCCUCAGCCUUCCGAAGCGACAGAGUACAGGCUGGCGUGUAGGAUUCUGUUCCAUGCCUACCUAUACAACACUCCGAGCUACGACGCAACGUCGAAUUCCGUGCGAAGUGUCUGGAGGGGGUAUGCAAAUACCUUUCUCACGGCGUGCAGGAUGCCUAAUCCCCGGAUUAUCACGCUCAAGACGCUCAACCGGACUGUAGCAGAGCUCCGCUGUGAGUGGAAAGGGCCGGAGAGCCAUGCCGAAGCUCUUCAAAGAAGUGUAGACAUCUUUGAGUCUUCUUCGUGGGUGUCGGGCAUCCGUACAGCCUACCAUGUACCAUUCGUCCAGUUCGAACCUAUGCAGCUCGCUCCAGUAGUUGUCCCUCCCUUGCCUCCUACAGAAUCGGCGGUCACCCUCAAGCCGUCGUCUCGGCUGGUGCUCGACGAGCAGGUUCAACUCGAGCGCCGUCACAGCGGUUCACCCACAGCGAAGAGGGAGCCCGCAGUUCAGGAGGCUUCAGUCGUCCUGGCCGCCCGAAAACUUCACGCGUCCUCCGAACAUUCUGAUGAUGAAGAUACAAAACCUCUCUUUGGCUCGUCUGCUGUGUGCGAUCCUAAGGCCACUGACUUGGAUCCGGAUUCUCGGUCGGCGGCGGCAUUAGCCCCCAAGCGGUCGUGUUCAUCAGCGCUCAGAGGGUCUCCGCCGAAACGUCGUCGCAGUAAUACGUUCUGUGGUUCUCCGAUUCGGCACAAGGAAGAAGUCAGAUACAUCGAUUUCCGUAAGGAAGAUCUCUGCCGAAUCAAGCAACAGCGCAAGGGGAAAGAGAACCGAUUCCCAGACGGACAUUCUCGUCAACGGGCUUCGACCAGCACCGGCGCAUGUCGUGCGACCCGCAGUGUCAAAUUCGCUGGAGUGCCACAGGAAGGGCCGCUAGUCAAUGCUGGUAUUUCUGUAUGGCCUACGCUUGCCGCUGUCCGUCAAACUACGACCGAGCCUGUGGAAGACACUGAUGCUCUGCUGGGGAACCUCUGUGGGUCUACGCUAUACGAUGAAAGUGCAGCCCUACUUCUGGAAGCUCAAGAGUCUCUCGCUGGCACCGUACCGGCCCGUUCAGGCAACGUCGAGGUCUGUAGCUCCGUAACAUCUGAUGCUGGUCCCUCCCGCACUGGCAUGCAGGCAGGUUUGGAUCCCACUGGGCGACCCGCGAAUGAACGCGGCACCCGACACGUGAGCUUCUGCGCAACAGGACGCAUGCUCGUUCUCUCCAGGCAUGUGGUCGAGCUCGUACAAGCCGAAGCGACGAUCCGACAUAUGGAGGAGGCUCGCAAGCAGCAGGAGGCAGCCGACCUGGCACAGCGUGUGCGACACCUCAAGCUUGCCAAGGAGAUUGACUCGCUCCACGCCGAGGAGAAAUUCUACAUUGACCGUGAGGCCGCGCUCGAGAAGGAGUUGGCGGAGUUGGUUCCUAAGGGAUACGUCCGCAGAGCCUUGUGAAGAAAUGACGACCUGCCCAUGGCAGGGAGAAGCAACCCAUUCUAUUCCUUCUGUCAUUUCCCGGACGACGCGUCUGGCGUCAUGUAUUUGUCAGUGCGCGUAAUUGCCAGUGGGUAUUAGCGGUUGCGCAGCUGGAUCUGCGACUCCCACGAUGUAUCUUCUCGUCAAUGUAGUUUCGUCAAUGUGUAGAUGUGUCCUUGAGGUCCUCGGAUUGACUACAGUUACACGCGUGACGUUACUUCCAGUGUCUGCCCCCGGGCCAGC